UGUGGUUACUUAAAAGAUGAUAAUUCUGAUUUACAACCAUUAUAUUUAGACUUACAACUAUUUACGGAGACCAACACUAUGCCUGAGUAUUCUUAUCUACAUGACUUAUUAAUAACAAACAAUAAAAAACUCUUCCGACUUUCUGACGUGAUUGUGAGGUACUUCAACGUCAACAGUGUUCAGCUGAGGCUAUCAUCAUCCAUCUUGAUGAAUAUCAACUUUAUAUUAAUGAUGUUCAGCAAUACCAAAAACUAUCAUGGAUAGAUUCUCGCGAUUUCUUUAAAGCAAUGUUAAGGGAGAUUGGUAGUGUCAUGCGUUGUAAUUUUAUAAAAAAUGAGUAUAAUGGAAAAUAUUUUAUCAUCCCAAUCUGUACGGGAACUUCUGCUAUAGACGUUCAUUUUUUACCCACAGAGCAUACUCAAGAAAUGUUGGAGCUCAGGCCUUUGAAUUAUGACUCAGCAAAGUCAAUGUUCCUUGACAAAUAUGAUUAUUCAAAGCAAACAACUGAUAAAGGAAGAGAUCUAGUGGUGCAAGGCAUCACUCUUUGAGUCCUUGUAAAAAUUUUUUCCAAAGUUCGAAACUCUUAUUUAUUAUGUAUUAAACCUUUUAAAAGCUUACAAUUUUUUUUUUACAAAUGGAAAAGUGACAAAAUUACCUUAUUCUUGCUAAUUCUUAUUAAAUUAUUUUAAUGAAAGUGAUAUUAUUAGCUUGGGGCCUUGGGUUAUUAGUAUCAUUAAAAGUAACAUUAAGGUAUAAAAAAUGAAACUAGUUAGUAAUUAAUAAAUCGCGUAAUUGAAUUACACACUGGCAUUAUAGAGUGAGGAUAAGAAUCAUAAAAUGGAACCGUAAUUGUAAUAAGGUAAAGCUCCUAAACCUGUUUCUAUUGAUAUUACUGUUCCCUCUUCACUUCUCCCCUCCUAUAUAUCAAAUUAUUAAGUUC